AUGUUGAAGUAUGUACGUGUUGAAAAGGCGCAUCCUAAGAAGUCGCGCGCUGUUGUAAUGCCCCGCUGCGAACGAGGUAGUGGAACCCCGAAGGACCCUUUUGUGCUUCCUCUGCGAGAGAGUCCAAAUAGGAGUAAAUGCUACCACUGCGUUGAGGAGCACUGCUAUUGCCACUGGAUGAUGCAAAGUCUGGUGGAUUGCUAUGCGUCGUUGCCAGUGACAAGGCAGGUGAUGCCGCGUCGGAAGAGGGAGCUUUGUGCCAAGUCUAUUCUUUCUCCCUUUGUGUCGCGUCUUGUGCGGAUCGCGAAGAUUACGUCGCAGGAUACUUUUUAUGAUUUGGGGUGUGGGAACGGAAGUGUUCUUUUUCAGGUGGCUUUGAUGACUGGUGCGCGUUGUGUUGGUGUGGAGAUUAAUGAGCACAACGCAACUGUUGCACGGGAGGCGUGGCGCCGUCUCGAGCCAGUUAUUGAGACCCGACGUGGGAAUGCGGUGAGGGUUGAAAUUAUUUGUGGCGAUUUUUGCUCUCUGAUGAAGGACGAAACGUUUUUUGGUUUGUCUCCGGUGGUUUGGGCAGCUAAUCUCCUUUUGCCGAAUUCAGUGAAUCAUUAUUUGUCCGAGCGCUUUCGCUUGCUUCCGAAAGGAAGUCGUGUGCUUUGCCUUACGGACUUGUAUCCACACAGCAGGUCUGUUGCUGCGUUACGCGACGCUGACGCAUUUGAGAAGUUUGCCAUGACAGACUUUAGGUGGCAGGCAAAUAGUGUUGAGUGGUGUGAUACGGAAGGCCCAUUUUACAUGUACACGAAACGCACGUGA